GCGCUUGCAGGAGCUGGCGGGAGGAGGGACAGCGGCUUUGGGCCAUGGCGUCCCCAGGCCUCCUCCGGUUCACGCGCCUUGCGCUCGCGCCGCUGCUGCUGCUGCUGCUGCCGCCCGGGUGUCCCGCGCGCUUCGACCCCACCUGGGAGUCUCUGGACAGCCGCCCGCUGCCCGCCUGGUUCGACCAGGCCAAGUUCGGGAUCUUCAUCCACUGGGGCGUGUUCUCCGUGCCCAGCUUCGGGAGCGAAUGGUUCUGGUGGUAUUGGCAAAAGGAAAAGAGACCAAAGUUUGUGAACUUUAUGAAAGAAAAUUACCCUCCCGAUUUUAAGUAUGAAGACUUUGGACCACUAUUUACAGCAAAAUUUUUUAAUGCCAACCAGUGGGCAGAAAUUCUUCAGGCCUCUGGUGCCAAAUAUGUUGUCUUAACUUCCAAACAUCACGAAGGCUUCACCCUGUGGGGUUCAGAGUAUUCCUGGAGCUGGAAUGCUGUAGAUGAAGGGCCAAAGAGGGACAUUGUGAAGGAACUCGAGGUGGCCAUUAGGAAGAGAACUGACUUGCAUUUUGGACUCUACUAUUCUCUUUUUGAAUGGUUCCAUCCCUUCUUCCUUGAGGAUCAGUCCAGUUCAUUCCAAGAACAACGAUUUCCAGUUUCUAAGAUGUUGCCUGAGCUCUUUGAGCUGGUGAACAGGUAUCGGCCGGAGGUUCUGUGGUCGGAUGGAGAUGGAGGGGCACCAGAUCACUACUGGAACAGCACCGGCUUCUUAGCCUGGCUGUAUAAUGAAAGCCCAGUUCGAGACACAGUGGUCACCAAUGAUCGUUGGGGAGCUGGUUCCAUCUGUAAGCACGGAGGCUACUAUACGUGCGCUGACCGCUAUAACCCGGGUUAUCUUUUACCACAUAAAUGGGAAAACUGCAUGACAAUAGACAAGCUGUCCUGGGGUUACAGGAGAGAUGCCGCAAUCAGUGACUACCUUACAAUAGAAGAACUGGUGAAGCAACUUGUGGAAACAGUUGCAUGUGGAGGGAAUCUUCUGAUGAAUAUUGGCCCCACACUAGAUGGCAUCAUUUCUGCAAUUUUCGAGGAACGAUUAAGGCAAAUGGGGACCUGGCUAAAAGUCAAUGGGGAAGCCAUUUAUGAAACCCACACUUGGCGAUCUCAGAAUGACACUGUCACCCCAGAUGUGUG